CACAACAAAUAAUGAUAACGAUCGGUACCUCAAAAGUUAUAUUUUCUAUUAAAAAUCACUUUGUUAUUUGCCCAUCGCUAUGUCCCAUAAGCUAGAAAUAUCUCCAGCAGAACAGGAGGCUCGUGCGAAGCUACGGGAGAAGUUUCUUCAAGGGAUCAGUGAGUUGCGUGGACAAAACUGCACAAUCCUCACAUAUGAGCAAACAGAGCUCAAUGCAACAUUCUUGGGAUGGCAGCCCGAUGGCACUGAAAUGCUGGUCCGGGACUUAAGGACACCAGCGAGUACCAUUCCUACUGCACGUCUGAGAACUCCUGAUGUGUUAGCAAUACAUUUUGAUAAAGAUAUACAGCUACCUUAGUGUAAAAUUCUCAAAUGAAUGUAUAGGCUGAUUAUGAAUACUUUUUAAGGUCCAAAUUAUUAUUGUAAGUACUAUAACUAAGAAAAAACAUCAAUAAAGUUUGUAUUUAACACAAGA